AUGGCACGGCUGGCAAGAGUGGGAACAGCUGCCGCGCUGCUGCUAGGCCUCGCGGCGGCCUUCGCGCCCGUGCCGCGGCAACGGGCACCGCUGCGCGCGGCCCCGCUCUUCGCCAAGGAGACGCUCCAGGACAAGAUCUACGCCUGGCAGGACCAAUUUAUUGCGGGUCUGACGAAGGACGACAAGGCGAAGACCACUCCUGCGCCGGCGCCGGCACCGGCGCCCAAGCCCGCGCCGAAGCCGGAGCCCGCACCGGCGCCAGCAUCGGCACCGGCGGCGAAGACGGACGCGGACGUCGCCGCGGCCGAGAAGAAGCGCCUCGAGGACGUCGCGGCGGCGAAGGAAAAAGAGGCGCAGCGCGUGGCCGACGCCGAGGCCGCCCGGCUCGCGGACGUCGCCAAGGCGGCGGAGAAGAAGGCGGAAAAGGCCGCGGCGGCGCCGACGGCGACGAAGGCGGCCCCCGCGCCGGCGAAGGCGACCGCCGGCAAAGGCGACGUCACGGGCAAGUACGCGGAACCGGCGCGCGAGGCCGCCGCUAUCAAAGCGAAGGAGGCGGAGAAGCGGCCGUUCCCCGUCGUGCCGCUCGCCGUCGGCGCCGUCGCGGUGUCGCUCGCGGCGCCGCCGGUGCGCGCGGCGGUCGGGCCGGCGGUCGCGGCCGUCGGCGCCAAGGCGGGCCCGGCCGCCGCGGCCGUCGCGGGCGGCGCCAAGGCCGGCGCCGGCGCCGUCGCCACCGGUGUGACGAAGGGCGCGGCCGCGGUCGCCUCUGGUGCCAAGGCGGGUGCGGGCGCGGUAGCCCCGGCCCUCGGCGCCUGCGUCGGCGGCGCGAAGGCCGGCGGCAGCUACGUCGCGGCCAAGGCGUGCGCGGGCGCCGGCGCCGUCGCCUCCGGCGCCAAGGCGGGCGUGUCCGCGGUGGCGGCGGGCGCGGGCCCGGCCCUCGGCGCGACGGUCGGCGGCGUCAAGGCCGGUGCCGGCUUUGUGGCGGCGAAGACCGCGGCGGGCGCGGGAGCCGUGGCCUCCGGCGCCAAAGCGAGUGCCGGCUUCGUGGCGACGAAGGCGUGCGCGGGCGCCGCUUGCGUGAAGAGCGGCGCGGGCCCGGCCCUCGGCGCGGCCGUUGGUGGCGCCAAGGCCGGCGCCGGUGCCGUCGCCGCCGGCGCCAAGGCCGGCGCCGGCGCCGUCGCCGCCGGCGCCAAGGCGGCCGCGGCGGGCGCGGGACCCGCGCUCAGCUCCUGCGUCGGCGGCGUCAAGUCCGGUGCUUGCUAUAUCACGAGCAACGCCGGCCCCGCCGUCAGCACGGCGUGCGCGAAGACGUCCGCCGCCGCCGGGGCGUGCUACGCGAAAACGACUGCAGUCGUCGGAUCUGUCACCUCAUUAGCGAACGAGGGCCUCCACGCGGCCUACGACCUGACCCUGGCCAAGGUGCCGACGUCGACGGACGGCUGGCUCAGGGGCUUCAACACUGCCUACGACCGUCUGCUAGGCUGGGUGCCCACGACGGGCAAGGGCUGGGUGACCGUCGCGGACAACGUGUAUGAGGCGACCGUGGCGAAGGUGCCCCUGACCUGGAAGGGCUGGCGGAAGCUCGGGACGUCGUUCGUCAAGCGCCUCGACAAGUGGUACGCGCUCUCCCUGGGGAAACUCUAA